CGCAAACCUCUCCUCAACUCGAUCAAACCGGGGACGGAAAAGGCCCACCAAAAUCCCCCAAAAUUUCGUACCUCCUCAGCCCCAGCAAUCUCGAAUCCCGAUGCUCACAGCCUCCACCGAAUCCCUGGCGGUCGUCAUCAGCGCAUGAGCUUUCUUCGCUCGCUAGCGGACUCCUUCUCAUCGCUGCUCUUCUCGUCGGGAGGCGGGGCGGUGUCCAUGGACGCGGCGGGGGCGGCCCCGUCGCCGGCGGCGGUGGUGGGGGAGCGCGUGGCGGUGAAGCUCAGGGGGUACUUCGACCUCGCCAAAGAGGAGAUCGACAAGGCCGUGCGCGCUGAGGAGUGGGGGCUCCCCGACGAGGCCACCGCGCACUACCGCAACGCGAUGCGGGUCAUGCUCGAGGCCAAGGCCGCGCGCGUCCCCGAUGCCGUCUCCUCCAGCGAGAGGGGGCAGGUCAGGGUGUACCAGGAGAAGAUCGCCAAGUGGCAGGCCCAGGUCGAGGAGCGGCUCAGAGUGCUUGGUCAGAGAAGCGGUGAAGGGGCCACUGCUGCAGAAGUGCCCAAGAAGGUUGCUGCAAACAAUCCUAUCAUUAGGACUGCAAAAACAGCGUCAAAUAGCAUCCAAAGAUCUCCCUUGCAAAAUAGCCCUACCUUCAACAGGGGUGGCCAAGCAUCUACACAUCAGAAGAUAGGGAGCGGAGCUUCCAGACCAGUUCAGAAGGCUGGUGGAAACUAUGAUGACAAGCUUGUUGAAAUGAUUAAUACAACAAUUGUGGACAGAAGCCCUUCUGUUAAAUGGGAUGACGUUGCUGGUCUUGACAAAGCAAAGCAAGCACUCAUGGAAAUGGUUAUUUUGCCUUCUAAACGAAGGGAUUUGUUCACCGGACUUCGGAGACCUGCUAGGGGUUUGCUUCUCUUUGGCCCACCUGGGAAUGGAAAAACAAUGCUUGCCAAAGCUGUUGCAUCAGAAUCUGAAGCAACAUUUUUUAAUGUUUCGGCUUCUUCAUUGACAUCAAAGUGGGUAGGAGAAGCUGAAAAACUUGUCAGGACACUUUUCAUGGUUGCAAUUGAUAGACAACCAUCUGUUAUUUUUAUGGACGAGAUUGAUAGUGUCAUGUCUACAAGGUUAGCUAAUGAGAAUGACUCUAGCAGGCGUCUGAAAUCUGAAUUUCUUAUCCAGUUUGAUGGGGUGUCCUCAAACCCAGAUGAUCUAGUAAUUGUUAUAGGGGCUACUAAUAAACCUCAAGAAUUGGAUGAUGCUGUUCUUCGAAGGCUGGUAAAAAGAAUAUAUGUGCCACUACCUGAUCCAAAUGUACGAAGGUUACUUCUGAAAAAUCAGCUCAAAGGACAAUCAUUCAAACUGUCGAACCAUGAUUUUGAAAGACUUGCUGUGGAGACCGAAGGGUAUUCUGGAAGUGACCUGAGAGCCUUGUGUGAAGAAGCUGCAAUGAUGCCAAUAAGAGAGCUCGGUCCACAAAAUAUUCUUACUAUCAAAGCAAAUCAGCUGCGACCUUUGAGGUACGAGGACUUCAAGAACGCGAUGACGGUGAUCAGGCCAAGCUUGCAGAAGAGCAAAUGGGACGAGCUGGAGAACUGGAACGAGGAAUUCGGUUCGAGCUGACGGAGACGCGCGCUGCCUGAUGAUGAUGAUCAAGCGGCCCUAUUUCCAGAUGUACAUGAUUUAUGUCUCACACACACAUGGUGGCUUACACACACACACGCGCCCAUCGGCCAUCGAUGCGUCCUCAGUCUGGACAGCGCGUCUUCAACAGAAGCAGAAGGUACAAUAUAAUGCUGGGAACAGCCCUAUAUGUAUACCCAUUGAAAUGCCGCUGCCCAAGUUAUUUAAAAAAAC